AUGUCCUCAAUUCCAACUCCUGGAACAAAGAGAUUGCAACCCUCUUACUCGGAUUCUGAAGAAGAUGUUAUAGUUAGCAAUGAUAAGCAUCAUCAAAAAUUUCGAAAAACAGAGCAAGAUGAAUCAGUAGCUGAUUCACGAUUUCAAACUUUAAAUUUGUUCUCGAAACUUUUAUCAAGUUUCCAAGAAAAAGAAGAGAGUUCAACAAGUGAUACUGAAAUAAAUGAAAAUCCAGAAUCUCCUCCAUCUGAAAAAAAGCAAAAAUCGAAGCAACCCGAGUUUUUUUUUGUAGGAAGUGUUCUCAAAGUAAUAAAUUUCAAGGAUAUUCAAAAUCUUGCACUAGCAUGUAUCGCUGAUGGAAUUUGUCCUCGUUGGAUGUUUAUCAAGAAUAAAGAAUUAAUAUCCAAAGUUGUUAUAUUAAUGGUACCUGGAUUAACUCCACAAUUUUUUGGUAUGGAUCAUGAAACUGCUCGAUCUGUUAAUGGCCCUAUAGAUCUUAAAGAGUUAUGUCAGAAUGAUUUAUUGGGUGAUAUUGAAUCUAUCAACAAAAUAAAUGAUGUCUUCCCAGCAUUAUCUGAUAUUUUCUCACAUGCUUGUGUCACACGUGCUCCUGUCGAUACAGUUGAAAAAUUGAGAAAAUGUUUGUUAACGCUUGAACAAAUGAUCAAUAAUGGAUAUCCAAUUCCAUCUUGUUAUAACGAUGACAAUGGUGUUUCUCCUUCAGAAGGAUGGUUUGAAGUAAAAUUUGCUGAAAGUUUUAAAUUAAAUGAAAUAGUAUUAUUUAAAGAAAAAAAUGGCGAAACAGUCGAGCCAAAAUUAAUUGCGAUGGAUUGUGAAAUGGUAACUACAACGACUGGUCAAGCACUGGCAAGAAUUUCAAUUGUAGAUGAAGAAUCAAAAGUAAUUUAUGAUGAACUAGUAAUGCCAAGUAGUCCAGUAACAGAUUAUUUGACUGCAUACAGCGGCAUCACGGAGGAAUUAUUAACAGGAGUAACCACAACUUUAUCUGAUGUCCAGCAAAAAUUAUUGGAAAUUAUAGGCAAUAAUUCAAUUCUAAUUGGACAUUCACUUGAAUGUGAUUUGAAAGUUUUAAAAUUUGCACAUCCAUAUAUAAUAGAUACAUCAGUUCUCUAUAGUAAUGGAGUAGGUUAUCCUAAACCGAAAUUAAAACAUUUGACUCAAAAGUGGCUUAAUCGUACGAUUCAAGAGAUUGCUGGCGAUAUAGUUGGACAUGAUCCAAUUGAAGACGCUUCAGCAUGCAUGGGAUUGGUGAAGUUGAAGCUUGAGAAAGGAAUGGAAUUUGAUAAAAUCACUGAACCUAUAUUUCGACGCUUAGCGAGGCUUAAUAAACGAAGUGUAUUUAUAGAUGAUAAAGCAUCUCAGUCUUUUGGUACUGACGCACAAAAUAUAGUUAUUUGCUCUACUGACGAAGAGGUUGAAGUAGGUCUUGUUAGUACAAUUGAUGACAGUGACUUUGUUUGGGCGCGUCUUUUAGAUUUUGAUGUAUUUUCUCAAAGCAAUAACGAGGAAUUAAUAAAAAAGGUUUCUGCAAUGAACGAUCGAAUUCGACGUAUUUAUCAUCAAUUACCUUCUGGAACUGCUUUUUUUGUGGCUAGCGGUUCAGGUGACAAAACAGAUUUAUACAAUAUGACUCAAAAAAAGAAAUCAAAUCCAAUUGAUUGGUCUUCAGAAGAUCAACAAAAUCUUGAAAAUGCAGUAAACAAAGCAAGAAUUGGUCUUGGUUUUUUCAGAUUGAAAACAUAG